ACUAGAAAGCUAAACACAGAUAUAAAUAAGUGGUAUGCUUGUAACCACGGUAUGAAACUAAAUUCCCAAAAUCAGACAGAGUCCGCUAAAUCUGCAGGUCUCUAACUUUUGUUUGUUUCUUCGAUCUUCGCCAGCAAGUUUCAAAAUUUCUAGGUCCAAUUCCACCACCACUUAUACUUCACUUUCUUCUUCUUUUCAUCCAAGUCUCUUCAUAAUCACACAAGUAAUCGCACUAGUAGGAUGGUGUCACGAAAUCAUUACACUGAUCCCACCAUUUCCAUCUCACUGUUCAAUUUUCUGAAGCCGCUUCUCUCCCCUCCCCUGUUUUAACUUUCUAUCAACCAAGAAUCCGAUCUGCUCGCCGUUUCUUUCUCUCAAAAGGUUAACGUAUCUUUUAAUACAGGUUCUUUACUGAAUCUACCACCACGAAAAGUUAAACUCCCAGCUCUCUCUCUAGUCUCCUUAGAAGCUGAGAAAUUCAGUGACGCCAUUGAAGGAACUCUGAGAAAGCUGGUAUCUUUGACUAAUGUGGAAUAUGCAGAGGACAGUGCGCGGCGGGUGUGGCGGAGCCAGACAGAGGCUGAGAGAGAACAGCGUGGUGCAGAGAUUGCAGAUGCAGUUGCAGGGCUAUGAGAAUCUGGGAUCGUGGGCUUUCCGUCAUUUCCCAGACACGAUCUGGCGUCCAUUUAUGAAGUCACCAGGCAGAUCCGCGUCUGUUCUUCUGGCCUUCACAAUCUUCCUCGUCGUCGGCGCGUUGGCCUGCUCGCGCUUUCUCAAUCCCACGGUAAUUAUUCCUGGUGACAAACCAAUAACGACGUCAUUCGCCGACAACUUGGACUCCAGUAGGCCAGUGGAAAUCCCACUGAAUUGCAGUGAAUAUACCCGCACCGGAAAAUGCCCAGGAAACUACCUUACCCCACCAGAUGAUCAUUAUCGUCAAGAAGGAGGCACGUGUCCAGAGUACUUCCGUUGGAUACACGAAGAUCUGAGGCCGUGGGCCCACACGGGGAUAACAAAGGAGAUGGUGGAGAGGGCGAGGAGGACGGCGAAUUUCAAACUAGUCAUCAUGGGAGGGAAGGCCUAUUUGGAGACGUACACGAAGGCGUUUCAGACGAGAGACGUUUUUACGGUGUGGGGGAUCCUACAGUUGUUACGGAGGUACCCCGGGAAGGUGCCUGAUCUGGAGUUGAUGUUCGACUGCGUGGAUUGGCCUGUGAUCAAGACCGUUGAGCAUAGUGGGCCCAAUGCCACGGCCCCACCUCCGCUUUUCCGUUAUUGUGCCGACGAUGCCACGUUGGAUAUUGUUUUCCCUGAUUGGUCCUUUUGGGGAUGGCCAGAGGUGAACAUAAAGCCCUGGGAGAGAUUGUUGGGAGAGUUGAAAGAGGGAAAUAAGAGGACAAGAUGGUCAAAAAGAGAGCCUCAUGCUUACUGGAAAGGCAAUCCUUCUGUUGCUGAAACCAGACAAGACCUCCUCAAAUGCAAUCUCUCUCAAACCCAUGAUUGGAAUGCUCGUUUAUACGCCCAGGAUUGGAUAUCAGAAUCUCGACAAGGCUUCAAGAAAUCAGACCUGGCUAGCCAAUGCACUCAUAGAUACAAGAUCUACAUUGAAGGGUCUGCUUGGUCCGUGAGUGAAAAAUACAUACUAUCCUGUGAUUCUGUCACUUUAUUAGUAAAGCCUCAUUACUAUGACUUCUUCACGAGAGGUUUGCUUCCAGUGCACCACUACUGGCCCAUCAAGGAAGAUGACAAGUGCAGAUCCAUUAAGUUUGCAGUGGAUUGGGGCAACAACCACAAAAAGAAGGCACAAGAGAUAGGAAAAGCAGCGAGUGAUUUCAUGCAACAGGAGCUGAAGAUGGAGUACGUGUAUGAUUACAUGUUUCAUCUUCUAAGUUCGUAUGCUAAGCUGCUCAGAUACAAGCCCUCUGUGAGUGAGAAAUCUGUAGAACUGUGUGCAGAAGCCAUGGUUUGUAAAGCAGAGGGGCUUGACAAGAAGUUCAUGACGGAUUCAAUGGUGAAGGGUCCUUCAAACACCAAUCCAUGCACUCUGCCUCCUCCUUACGAUCCUCCAUCUUUACAUUCUCAUUUAAGCAGAAAGCAGAGUUCAAUUGAACAGGUUGACUUGUGGGAGAGAAAGUACUGGGAGAAACAGAGUGUGCAAUAAAUCUUGAAUACAUAGCUUUAUUUAUGCGGGCGACUUGAGUUAGGGGUUUCUCAGUUGUGGAUUCUUUUUUAUUUAUUAUUAGGGAUACAAAUGGAGCACACGUUAUAUACUGAUCUGAGUUUCUUUUCGGCCAAACUUUAGUGAUAUAAGUCAACUUUGUCAUUUUGACGAGAAUUUCUUAA